AUGAUUAUCACUGGAGACGAUGAGGAAGAAAUCGAGAACCUGAAGAAAAGCUUGUUUCAAGAAUUUGAGAUGAAGGAUCUAGGAGCGAUGAAAUACUUCCUAGGGAUCGAGAUUUUGAGAUCAAAGAAUGGCAUAUUCCUUCGUCAGAAAAAAUACGUUCUAGACCUAUUGGCAGAGACUGGCCUACUUGAGUGUAAACCGGCAGAAACUCCAAUCAUACUAAAUCAUGGAUUGAAGAUUGAAGAAGGGGGUAAGUUGGCUGACAGGGGGAGAUACCAACGCCUGGUCGGGAAAUUGAUCUAUCUUGCGCAUACUAGGCCAGACAUAGCCUAUGCCGUUGGGGUGGUGAGCCAGUUUAUGCACCAACCCCAAGAAAAUCACAUGGAAGCAGCACUGAGGAUUGUGCGCUACUUGAAAGGCACGGCGGGAUAUGGGGUCCUGCUUGAAAAAAAGGAACAUUUAGAGAUCGAUGGAUACACAGAUGCCGAUUGGGCUAGCAAUCCAAAUGAUAGAAGGUCCACAGCAGGGUACUUCACCUUUCUUGGAGGAAAUUUGGUGACAUGGAGAAGUAAGAAGCAGAAGGUGGUAGCCUUGUCAAGUGCGGAAGCCGAAUUUCGUGGAGUAAAAAGCGGCAUAACGGAAAUCUUAUGGCUGCGGAGACUACUAUCAGAAAUAGGCUUUCCACCUACACAAGGCAGCCGACUAUACUGCGACAACAAGGCGGCAAUCAGUAUCUCUGAAAAUCCACUAGCAGACAUCUUGACCAAGGCAGUCAACAUCAAAUUCUUCAAGGAAGUUCUAGGCAAGUUGAAUAUCGGAGAUGCCGUUGCUCAACUUGAGGGGGAGUGUCAAGAAGGAAAAUAUUGCAGAAGAUAA